AUGGAGACCAUGCCAGAGCAUCGGAGGCCAAAGCUAUCCGACGCCGCCGCAGGAGGUGGCGAGGACUGGCUCAGCGCGCUGCCGGACGACCUCCUCAUCCAUAUCCUCCUCAAGCUCCGGGACGCCCCCGUCGCCGCUCGGACCAGCGUCCUUGCCCGCCGCUGGCGCCGCAUCUGGGCUCUCCUGCCGGAGCUCCAUUUCCCCGAUGGCACUGACCCUGACGGCAUACGCGCCGCCCUCGCCGCCCAUGAUGCCCCUGCCCUCAGCCAUCUCUCCGUUGCCGCCAUCGAGGCCACCCCUGAAUCCGUCGCGGCAUGGCUCCCCAUCGACGCCUGUCGCCUCUCCGGUGUCCUAGAUUUCCAGAACAGGGGGAACAUGGACGAGACCUCCGCCGCCUCUCCUUUGAAGCUGCCUUGCUUUCAGAACGCAACCAAGGUCGUGCUUGAUCUAGAUUCUAUCGGCCUCACCCUGCCGCCUUCCGGCAUAUUUACCCGGCUCGCCGAUCUGGUGCUGAUUGGCAUCCAGCUCCAUGAACUUGUUUUCAGUGUCUGUGAGACUGAACUAUACGACUAA